CUCAGCCACGCUCCCGGUCACUUUCCGGUGCCUGGAAGAAAACAAUGACGUGGACAAGAGGGUCACUCGUUUUGUCUUGCCCUACGAGGCCCUGGCUGCCAUCUUCAUUGCGCAAGUCAACAACUAUGAACUCAAUUUUGGACAAAUCAUUACCAUAAGCAUUACUGCCACCGCGGCCAGCAUCGGGGCUGCUGGCAUCCCGCAAGCAGGCCUGGUGACCAUGGUGAUUGUGUUGACAUCAGUGGGGCUGCCAACGGAGGACAUCACACUGAUCAUAGCCGUCGACUGGUUUCUGUAAGUCGCUCAGGCACAGAAACAGCCCUUCUGGGGCCAGGGAGAGUCUUUUGCCUUGAAGCAGGGUUUUCCUUGGCUUCUCUUGCAUCAAAGGACCGACUCGCCCUUUCCCACUUGGGGCCGAAUUCAAAUUCAGGGAGAUUCUGGAGAUGGAAUGGAACCAGUGUAUGCCUUCAGCUUUAAGCUCUUACCGCCAGUGAUGCAUUUCAACUUUUUACUGGGGGGAAACUCCACGCAAAAGCCAGGAAAUCACCAGGCAAAGGUGCCACAGAAAGUGGACUUGGCUGUUUCAGCAACUUCAGGGAUCUAGAGGUGGACCCCAAGACACCCUUUUUGAGACUCAGGGCCUACAGUUUCUCGCCCCAACCAGGUUACACUCUCAUCCUCAGGAGAGGGCAAUGACAAACCUCCUCUGAACAAAUGUGGCCUAGAACAUCCCAUGAUAGGUUCACCUUAGAGUCAUCCUAAGUCGGAAACAACUUGAAGGCACACAGCAACAGCUAGUUUAGCAGAUGAUCGGGAUGCUGUGGAUGUCAUUUAUGUGAAUUUCAGCAAAACAUUGGAUAAGGUUCCCCAUAAUAUUUUGACAAGCACUGAUUAAACGUGAAAUAGAUGGGAACACUGUGGGGAAAUGUGCUCAAAAAGUCACCAUCAGUGUUGUUCUUAUGUG